AUGGAUGCAUUAAAAGCAGGUGCCCACAAAGUUCAAGAAGCUGCACAUGGCCAUAAAGCUGAACAUGAAGCAAAAAAAGCCUGUGAUCCAGAUAAGAAACCAUCUGAUCGUAUGGAUGCCGCACACUGCGCUGCAAAGCAUGAAGCAAAAGCUCAAGAGCAUGCUUGCAGAGCUGAUUGUAAAGUUGCCGAGCAUAAACAUUAA